AUGGAUGAACUUCAUGCAAGACUGGCCAGAAACAAUUUGCGGCAGAAGUUGGACAUCGGCAGAAAAGGCGUGGUCAUCACGGGUUGUGAUACAGGAUUUGGUCACAUUCUUGCGAAGCGACUAGAUGACAGAGGGUAUACAGUGUAUGCCGGGGUCCUCAGUAAGGAGAGUCCGGGGGCCAAAGUUUUACAGGCACGUCAGUCGGACCGGCUUCAUGUGAUCAAGCUUGAUGUCACUAAAGAUGACGACGUCAAAAAGGCUCUGGAGUAUGUUAAUGCGAAUGGACAAGGAUUAUGGGCCAUCGUCAACAAUGCUGGAAUGAAUUUUCCUGGUGACGUCGAGUUAGCGACUGUGGAUCAAUACAAGAAAUGUGCCGAGGUUAAUCUAUACGGCAUGAUCCGAGUCAUCAAAACAUUCCUCCCCCUUAUCAGGAAGUCUAAAGGCCGGAUUGUUAACAUGUCUAGCGUAAGGGGUCGGUUUUCCUGGCCCGGUGCGUCCGUGUAUAGUGUUACCAAAUAUGGUAUAGAGACCCUGAGUGACUCCCUCAGACUUGAAAUGAAGAAGUUUGGUGUCAACGUCUCAAUUAUUGAACCUGGACAAUUCAGUGCAGCCACAUCAGUAUUUGGUCCGGAACAGCGGAAACGAUUAAAGAAGGAGAUAGACUACAUGUGGGAACAGGCAUCUGAUGACGUCAGGCAGACCUACGGACGUCCAUACUUUGACGAUAUCUACCAAAUGAUGAAGAAGAACGAUACAAGUAUGAUAGGGACCAUGUCAGCAGAUCCAGUAAUUAACGCUAUAGAGGACUCCCUUAUUAACGUAACACCAAUGGCCCGCUAUAUGAUCGGUGGCUCCUUCUCUGCCCUGGAUAAGCUAGCGAUUCUUGCAAAAGUUUAUAAAAUUCUCCCCGAAUUUAUUUCGGAUUGGAUCGUUGAGAAGAUGACCGGAUGUGGAUCGUUUACCCGUUGA